AUGAAAGGAUAUGGCAAAACAAUUUUAGUUUCUCGCAACCUUUGGAAAAGUGUAAUUAUUAUGACCGUAUCGGUCACCGAUCAAUUCCCAGGAUUAAAUGAUAAUUUUGAGCCUGAUGUCGGUUCUCUCACUCAUGGUCUUGUAAAGAGCAAUUUAAAUGUAAUUUCAAAGAUCCCGGAAUUACGAAGUUUAGACCCCAAAAAUCCGGUCAACUACCAAGGAAGAAUAAUAUCUCCAAAUAUGUUUCCGUACUUUUUUUCACCUGAUUAUACAAACAGAACCACAAGAACCCUCUCCACGAAUAUCUACUUUUAUAGAGAUACAAGAUCUGAUCGAUAUCUUUAUCAAAAUGAUAUUUUUUUUCCAAUAGACGGUUUGGGGUUUGAUAGAGACCCAUCUUUUAGAAAGUACAAUAGUGAAUUUGGUGAUGAUGAUUUUUUCCUCUUUGUCGACAAUCGUCUAGUCAGUGACCUUGGAGGGCUUCACGGUUUACAGUCAGAUCAUAUCUCAAUGGAUGAUCUUCGUCUCUCGAAUGGGCUCAAAUAUCCAAUAGACAUGUUCUUUUGUGAGCGCAAGGCCCCUGGUUCUGGGUUCACUAUUUCAAUUAAUUUUAUUCUAGAUUGUUCACAAAAAGGUGAUUGUUGCGAUCCUAAUAAAUGCAAUAAAUUCGAAUCCAACAAAUGUGUUAAAGGUGAAUGCCCAAGAUGGGAUACCAAGAUAAAUGACAUAUCAACAAUUGGAGAAUAUUGCACCUAUACCUUUAAAAACUACUCCCAUCUUGACAACAAAUGUCAAACUUUUAGUUGCAAUUCAUUUGAUGGCAAACCAAUUUUAAAACAAGUAGUAUGUCCCGAUAAACCAUGUUCAACCAAUUUGUGCAACAAAGAUAUUGGUUGUCAAUAUACAUCCACUUGUUUCUCGGAAAAUGUUUGUACAAUAUCUACUUGUCAAUCUGACAAUCAAACAUGUUCUCAAAGAGAAAAAGAUUGUAGAGGUCCUGACAAAUGGUAUUUUUGUGAUCCAAAUAUGGGAUGCACUUUUCAACCUAUAUGUCCUCCAUCCGUCAUUGUAAAUGGAUCUAUCAAUCCUUGUCAAUAUUAUAGUUGUGAUUCUACAAUUGGCGAAUGCGAAAUAAUGGAGAUAAAAGAUUGUAGCAACUGUACUAUUGGUCAUCCAAACAAAUGUCAAGUAUUGGAUAAAUGUAUUUCAUCAAAUGGUACUUGGACUUUGAAACCAAACCCGUUAAUUGAUGAUGGAAAUGCAUGUACUCUAGAUUCAUGUGAUGCAGAGUCUGGUAACAUUACUCAUUCAUCUAUCAAAUGCCAUGGUUGUUCAAGUUGUGAUCCAAUUGAUAGAGUGUAUCAAUGUAAGCCAAGAAAUUCAUUGUGUACACAAAUGGAAAACAAAUGUCAAAUUGGAUAUUGCAAUGGUACAUCGACUAAUAAUGGAACAUGUUCAUAUCCUGCUAUUAAAUGUCCAAACCCAACCAAAUGUCAAUAUUCAACUUGUGAUACUGAAAUUGGAUGCCAAGUCAAUGACAAGAUAUGUCCAGAUGGAGAGGGACCAUGCCAAGUAGCAUUUUGUGAUGAAACCACUGGAGAAUGCAAAUUUAAAAGGAGAGAGUGCGAAUCAUCACAAAUGAAAUGUCUUAAACCUACAUGUAUUAUUGCAGGUGUUGUGGUGACGUGUGCAGUUGUUCUCAGUGUACUAUUGUACACUGCCAAAAAGGGAUAUGAUUAUUGGAAGGAAAGAUAUGAAAAGGUAAAACAAACCAGUUCCAAUCCACCCUAUCAGACCAAACCAGGAACAGAAGACAAUCCUCUAUAUGGUGACGAUAUGGUUGGAAAAUAA